AUGAGUUCUCCAACUCAGUUAUCACAACCAUUUGAACUAAAUAGCGAGGUUUCAGGAAACGGGUCUCGCCAUUCAACUGUACCGGGGAUGGUUGAAGAUAUUUACGCUGAUUCCAUGCACCAUCACCGCCCUAAUCAUAAUCAGCAGCACCACCACCACCAUGAUAACUUUGGUCAACAUUCGCAGUCACAAGAUUCAACAUAUUUAAGAAACGAUGACUUAGACACGAUGACAGAAGGAGAAAUAGUACCAGUAUCUACCAAUCUUCCUCAUAAUAAGUAUUUUCAUAUUCCUGAAGACUCAUUAAAUUUCAAUUCAUUAACUCAUUUAGAUUCCAUUAAUACCAACUUAUUAGAAUCUACUCCAUCGCAAAAUAAUAGAUAUAGUCACUCGAGAAACAUUUCACUUGACGAUUCAUUUGAUUUCCGGGACUUACCAGAUAUAGGAUCCAGGAGAACAUACAACCAUCAAUCGACAUUAUCAACAUCUUCCAUAUUAUCAGUCAAUCAAAACCCUCCAUCAUUUCCAAUCCCUCCUAAUCCCAACACUUACAAUAAUGGUGCAGAAUCGAUCUCCUCUAAUACAGUUUAUUCGUUCGAUUCAAUCCCCCAACUCACGUCUUCUGUAUCGAAUCAAUCCUUGGCUGAUUCACCAAAUUCCCUCCGCUCAAAACAACAACCAGCCCAUUCCAUCACACAAUCGAUUUCAGUCGUUCCAACUACCAAUACCACUAUGGCAACACCUCGCCGAACAGGAAGACCAAAAUCAUUAUCUAUCUCAAGUUCAAAUCUAUAUGCAACUCCAUCAAGAGGCGGGUUAAAUAAUCCACUAUCACCCGUAAACCUUGCCACGGCUGCCUUGAAUAAGAUUACAAAAACUCCGUAUUCUUCCAAAUCCAAAACCCACAGCCGUUCGCGGUCACGGGCUUCGGUAGAUAUUCCAACCCUUGUGAAAUCUAGUUCGUCGUCGUCGGCAUAUAGUCUAAACCCCUUCUAUUCGUCAUCACAAUUUGUGUCGCCUAUAGUGGAUCGUACAUUAAAUGAUGACGUGGACGACGAUGUGACAUUAUUAACUCCGUCAGGUAACAGAGGUGGCGGUGGGGAUAUGAAUGGAAGUAUGGGAUAUAACAAUCCAGCCUAUUUCAGUCCUAUUAAAUAUAAGCAAGAAUUUUCUAAUGGAGCAACACCUUUGGAUAUUGAAAGUCAAGAAGAUGAUGCAUUGAAAGAAAUAAGGAAAGCUAAAUCAUUUUCAAAUCUUUCUGGAAACCCAAAUUCAAUUAGGAGAUCAUCUAGGAUGAAUAAUAAUGGUUCACAAUUUGGACAUUGGAAAUCUGCUAGUGGAAGCUUUUCUGUAAAUGGACAUGGUAAUGGUAGCGGGAGUGCAAGUAGUGCUGGAUCAUUUGCUGAAGAUUUAUCCAUUCGACUUGAAAACCAAAUUAAUCAACCACCACAAUUGAAAAACGAACCUACAAGUGGAGUCGUGUACAAUGCCACUCUUAAUGUCGCAACUACAGUUCCGGGUGGUGAAGUGGAUUACUAUGACCAACAAAAUAUUAAGACUGAAGACAAUAGUCGAAUUGAUCUUUUGCUGCCACAUCAAUUCAAUCAUGCGUCAACAACCACAUUUGCGCCAAAUGGUAAGAAUUUAACCAAGAGUUUGAGUCAGAGUGCUGCUACAAGAUCAUAUCCUGCUUCAAUCGAUUUAGCUGCCAUAGCUUCAGGGGCAUCAGACGUGUCUCCUGUCAAUGGUGGACUUCUUCCUCCAAUGGCAACAUUUACAGUUUCGCCCCAGAACGACCACGAGAAAGAAAAGGAACAACAGCAAAACGAACACAAAUCAAGUAAGGGAGAAAUCAAAAGGAGUGACUCAUUUGAAGAGAUGGAUGAUGAUGGAACAGUAACAUUCCCAAUUCCAGACAAUCUCCAAAUCACAAUUCCUGUAGUCAGAAAUAAUCGAUCUAAAGAUAAACAAAAUGAAACUUCAGCUGAUUUAUCAAAGAAGAAACAUCGUUGUCCAAUAUGUGAUUGUCGAUUUCAACGACCAGAACAUGUCAAAAGACAUAUCAAGAGUCAUUCAGCUGAGAAACCUUUCCUGUGUGAGGAAAUUGGGUGUGGGAAGAGGUUUAAUAGGAAAGAUAAUUUAAAAGCGCAUCUUAAAAAGAUACAUGGAAAAUUCUUGUGA